UUGACCAUCUCUAAAACCAUCGCAACAAAUCCCGAUUACAAGUUUCAGCGUCGGCCGCGUUUUAUUGCAGCGAAAUAUUUAAUUUUCCAAUUUGUGCAUCUUCCGUUCGUUACCAAAACACAGCGUGAAAAUGUCAAGCAAAUCCCGACGUGCUGGCACCGCCACGCCGCAGCCCGGCGGCACCUCCACCCCAAGGGCGCCAUCGGCGGGUCCGCAGCAGCAUCACCAGCAGCCGCCGCCACCAAACCACUCCCAAACGGCCUCCAGCCCCCUGAGUCCCACCCGUCACUCCCGCGUGGCCGAGAAAGUAGAGCUGCAGAACCUGAACGACCGCUUGGCCACCUACAUUGACCGUGUGCGUAAUCUGGAGACGGAGAACUCCCGCCUCAGCAUCGAGGUGCAGACCACCAGGGACACGGUGACCCGUGAGACCACCAACAUCAAGAACAUCUUCGAGGCCGAGCUGCUGGAGACUCGCCGCCUUCUGGAUGACACGGCUCGCGAUCGGGCUCGUGGUGAGAUCGACAUCAAGCGGCUGUGGGAGGAGAACGAGGAGCUCAAGAACCGGCUGGACAAGAAGACAAAGGAGGCCAGCACCGCUGAAGGCAAUGCCCGCAUGUACGAGUCGCGUGCCAAUGAGUUAAGUAACAAAUACAACCAGGCCAAUGCCGAUCGCAAGAAGGCCAGCGAUGAGCUGAACGAAGUGCUCAAAGAGCUGGAGCGCCUGCGCAAACAGUUCGACGAGACACGCAAGAACCUGGAGCAGGAAACAUUGUCGCGCGUGGAUCUGGAGAACACCAUCCAGAGCCUGCGCGAGGAGCUCUCCUUCAAGGAUCAGAUCCACUCGCAGGAGAUCAACGAGUCGCGCCGCAUUCGCCAGACGGAAUACAGUGAGAUCGAUGGACGCCUCAGCUCCGAGUACGAUGCCAAGCUGAAGCAGUCGCUUCAGGAGCUGCGUUCCCAGUACGAGGAGCAGAUGCGCAUCAAUCGCGACGACAUCGAGUCCCUAUACGAGGACAAAAUCCGUCGCAUGCAAGAUGCCGCCGCACGCACCACCAAUUCCACGCACAAGUCCAUCGAAGAGUUGCGCACCACACGCGUCCGCAUCGACGGUCUCAAUGCCAAGAUCAACGAUUUGGAGCAGACCAAUGCCAUUCUGAAUGUGCGCAUCCGCGAGCUGGAGCAGCAGUUGGACAAUGAUCGCGAGCGCCACGGCCAAGAAGUCGCUCUGCUCGAGAAGGAGCUUAUCCGUCUGCGCGACGAGAUGACCCAGCAGCUGCAGGAAUACCAAGAUCUUAUGGAUAUUAAGGUUUCUUUAGACUUGGAAAUCGCUGCCUACGACAAGCUGCUGGUCGGCGAGGAGGCGCGCUUGAACAUUACCCCAGCAGCCAACACGGCCACCGUGCAGUCCUUCAGCCAGUCACUGCGCAGCUCCACCCGGGCCACGCCCUCUCGUCGCACGCCCUCCGGCGCCAUGAAGCGCAAGCGUGGCGUGGUCGAGGAGUCUGAGGAUCGCAGCGUCUCGGACUACUAUGUGUCGGCCAGUGCCAAAGGAAAUGUAGAAAUUAAGGAAAUCGAUCCCGAGGGCAAGUUCGUGAAGCUCUACAACAAGGGCAGCGACGAGGUGGCCAUCGGCGGCUGGCAGCUGCAGCGACUGAUCAACGAGGGCGGUCCGUCGACCACCUACAAGUUCCACCGCUCCGUGAAGAUUGAGCCCAAUGCCGUGGUGACCGUUUGGUCUGCAGACACCAAGGCCUCGCAUGAGCCGCCGUCGAGUCUGGUAAUGAAGUCGCAGAAGUGGAUCGCCGCCGACAACACCAGGACGAUUCUGUUGAACGCCGAGGGCGAGGCUGUGGCCAAUCUGGAUCGCAUCAAGCGCGUGGUGUCGCAACACACUUCCUCCUCCCGUCUGAGUCGCCGGCGCAGCGUAAGCGCCGUUGAUGGCAACGAGCAGCUCUACCACCAGCAGGGCGAUCCACAGCAGACCGGCGAGAAGUGUGCCAUUAUGUAAUAUCACACACAACAAUCUUUUCUGAACCAGACAAACAGAUAACAUCAUAAGGAAAACAUAAAAAAGAACCCACAAAAACGCAAGAGGUACAGAGAUUUAAUAAUCAGCUAAGUUAUUUUUUGUGGCCGCAACGCCCGUAAUUUAAUCAAAAAUCAUUUGUGUAGAUUUGCUUAAGCAGCUAAGCGAUAAUCUUCGUUUCGUCUACUUUCGUUUCUGUUCUAUUUUCUAAACUUAACUCACACCAAGAAAGCUCUUUACUAUGUUGUUCAAAUGACAUCGUUUUUCCACGUUUUGUGUUUCCAUCUAAACAAUCUUUUGUAAACUUUAUUUGGUAUAAGGCGGAGUUUUGUAUUUCAUUUAUGCCACAUAGAAUUUACAUACCACCUUCACCUUUUGUAUUUGUGCCGCUAAGAACUUUGAAAAUAUUGCAAGGAAACAAUAUUUUCGAUGGACUUCGGCCCAUCCAUUUCAUUAAGAAAAUAGUUUAUAAGCAAUAUCCAAGAUAAACCAACCAACAAAAAAAAACAACGAGCAAACAAACAGUGAGGGAAGAUACAGGUCAAGAGAAUUAACUAAAAGAUGCUCCUGACAACAGACUUAUUUAUUUAAGUAUUUUUUGUACAAUCAGCAUAAAAUACAAUAUACAUUAUAUAUAUAUAGAAACAAGCCUACGGAAAUGACAAGAAGACAGCAGUAUAUAUUUUUUAGCCAUGGCCAUAGGGUUUACGAUCCCCAACCCCAAAAAAAACCGCUUUCACCCGGUUCAAACCGGUUCUUGAGCUUCCUGCUGCAUACAAUUUACCGGACAAGCAACAAUAAAAACAGCAAUUACAGCAACAAGAAAAAUGUACAACAAUUAAAAAAGAACACCUUGCGGCUCAGCGAUCCGUCGCUUUUUUUAUGGGUGGGCGUGGUCGCGUUUUACGCCGGCCAAACAAAUUCAACGCCCACACAAACUAUUAUACACAAACUGAUGAAAGAACGAAACUAAAUUUUAAGUACAUCUACGUUUAUGUAUGUAAUUGCUAAUUGAUAAUACAAAAUAAAGAAACCAUGUUUAAUAAAAAUA